AUGGGCAGUACACUAAUUGAUGCAUCCGUCUACUUAUAUUUAAAACUAAAUCGUUGGAAGGCAUCUUGUCACUGUGCCGUUUCAUCAGGUAGUCAGAGCAAUGACACCACUCUUUACUAUAAUGUUAUCGAUUGUAUUUCUCAAAAGACAUUUUUCAACUAUGACGUAUAUCUCCUUGCUGCCGUUGGCGAUUAUUACUUUACGAAAAUGGGCUUCUUCCUUACCGUGCUCGGCACGUUGUUAGCUGCUUUGAAAACUGUUGUUACCAACCGUGUCUUAGUUGGUCGUCUAAAAUUGCAUCCCUUUGAUCUGUUACUGCGGAUGUCACCAUUGGCCUUUGUCCAGACUGUUAUCUAUGCUUACGUGACUGGAGAGUUGAACAGAGUUAGAACGUUCAGUAAAAAUUCAAUGACUACAUCCCUUGUCAUUGCUUUAGUGGCAAAUGGAAUCAUCGCUUUUUUCUUGAAUUACGUUAGUUUCACAGCAAAUAAGAAGACAUCUCCAUUGACUAUGACGGUUGCAGGGAAUGUCAAGCAGGUACUUUCAAUAAUUCUGGCAGUAGUGAUAUUCAACCUCACGAUAACGCCAACAAAUGGUUUGGGUAUUUUCCUCACUUUGCUUGGAGGGGCUUGGUAUGCGUAA